AUGGCAAAGGAUUGUAGGACCCUGUUUCUAAAGCAACAGCAACAACAACCGCAACCACAGCAAAGGCAACCACCCCAACAAAACCAAGGUAACCGGAAGGGAUGUUUUCAGUGUGGGGACGAGGGCCAUAUCAGGAGGGAUUGCCCUCAGUUGAAUAAGAAUGCCAAUAACAACGGGAAUAACAAUCGACAGAAUAACUACAACGCGGGGAACAAUAAUAACAACAAUGCUGGGAACAACAACAACGGAAAUAAUAGUUGUAAUGGUGCACGUGGAAGAGUGUUUACGAUUGGUGCUGGUGAUGCUAGGAACGAUGGCAAUGCCGUGACUGGUACGUUUUCUGUGAACAACCUUUUCGCUUCUUUAGGGUUAGCCCCGACACCCCUCAAAACCAAACAUGUUGUAGAAUUGGCUGAUGGCAAGUUAAUUGAAGCCUCACACGUUCAUUUUGGUUGCAAACUUGAUUUGGUGGGUCAAGUGUUCGACAUUGACCUUCUCCCUGUUACUCUUGGUAGCUUUGACGUAGUUGCUGGUAUGGAUUGGUUGUCUAAGCACCAAGCAGAAUAUCUCUGCAAAGAGAAAAUCGUACACAUUCCUCUCCCUAGUGGAGAACAGCUGUCUGUUCAAGGUCAUUGA